AUGGAGAUGAGCACCAAAUCCUUUGGAGACGCUGCUGCCAGUCCGAAGAACCGAUGGGAUUCGGGAAUUCUGGACUUUAUGCAAAACUCGAAGGGCCGCAAUUUCUCCAAGUUCCUUAUCUGCAAGAUUGAAAGUGAGGCUGGGAAGGCAAUUGAAGAAGGUCGUGAUGAGUUCAUGUUCGGAGGCGGUGCUGAACUCUUCGGAGGUGGCAUUUGGAAACAUCUGCGCCUUAAUGUGGAUAGCAAGUUGUUGCGGAUUACGCACUGUCCUAAUACGCCAACUCUUUCAUGUGACAAAAAGUCGGGAGACGAGGUGAUAGGGAUCGCUAUUCGCACUUCGGUAGACGAUACUCUAGCAAGUCAAAGGCGACGGAUCAAGUUAACUGCGGACGAGAUAGACGCGAAACAAGGAGUUCGAUAUUGGGUAGAUUAA